CUCCCCUUCAGGCAUCCCAACAAGUCUGGACUGUUCUGCUGCGGCUUGAGUUCAACUUUUCCUGCGCAGCCUCGGGACUCAGAAACAGCUUCCCUCUACUGACACCACUCUGCAGGGAUGCAGCGGUAGCAGCUCGGGUUUUCAGCGGGUCAGUGGCAUUAUCUUGAUCUUUUGGACGUUGUGACGCUGGACACCGUUGACUGUGUAUAAUAGCGCGUGGCCCCGCAUUGCACGGAAAUCUCAGGUUGGAUAUGCCACAGGUGGAAAAGUGGGCAACGGCAGGCGGUGGCCCGGUAUACGGAGCAGAGUUUAUCAGGUUGUGAAGAUGAGGAGCUGGGUUUUCAUUGUGACGGUCCUGCUGUCCUCCAUUAAACAAGCUGAAGCUCAGGGCAGGUGUAAUAAUGUACAAGCUGCAGAUAUUGUUUUCCUGAUUGAUGGUUCUUCCAGCAUUGGCCGAGCAAACUUCCUGCAGGUUAAAGGCUUCAUAGCUGGCAUUGUAAAACCAUUUGCCAGCUCUGUCAGCGAGUCAGGGAUUCGCUUUGGGGCUGUACAGUACAGUGACACCUCAAGGGUUGAGUUCACUUUCAAUGCAUAUGUGAAUGGCACUGAGCUUGUCAACGCAGUGCAGAAUUUAAACUAUAAAGGUGGAAACACACGGACUGGAGCUGGUCUCAAGUUUGUUGCAGACAACUUCUUCAACCCUUCUUCCAGUCGGGGUGUCCCAAAGGUUACUAUCCUGAUCACAGAUGGGAAAUCACAGGACGAUGUGCAGGAACCCUCACAGAAGCUGCGCAGUCAAGGAGUCAGUGUUUUUGCAGUUGGUAUAAAGAGUGCUGACAGGAGUGAAUUGGCUCAGAUAUCCUCGCAGCCCAGCAGCGAUUUCACUUCUUUUGUUGGGGACUUUAAACUACUGAACACACUUCUUCCACUUGUAAGUCCUCAAGUGUGUUCAGUAGCAGGAGGAGUCUAUGCAAGCGAUGAAGCAUUUUCUGGUCCAUCCAACAUUCAGUUCACUGGCCAGACGACGGAUUCUCUCAGGUUUCGCUGGAGUCCUGCUGGGGGCCCUGUGAGUGGCUAUGCCAUUCAGUAUGUGCCACUCUCUGGCUUGGGUCAACCAAUUGUAACAGAACUGCGUCAGACGACUGUCCCAGCUAGUCAGAGGACUUUCACUGCACGAGAUCUUAGGUCAGGAACAGACUACCUGGUAACUGUUAUCACUCAGUACCCCAACAGUGUGGGAGAGUCUUCGUCUGCCAAACAACGAACAAGGUCAUUGCCAGGUGUCUCCAGUCUACGCUUGGUUCAGGCAAGCUUCUUCUCUCUCUCUGUGGGAUGGGAUCAGCCUUCAACGUCUGUCCAAGGCUAUAGGAUCACCUAUGGACCACGAGGUCAGCCAGCAGCUCAGCUGUUGGAGCAGUCACUGUCUGCAGAGACCACAACUGUCACCUUGGAGUCCCUUCAGCCAGACACAGAGUACGUCAUCAACCUCUACCCCUUGUUCCCCCGAAAUGCUGCGUCCCCAUCCAUCCUCAAUGCUCGCACAUUGCGCCUGGAGGCAGUGCAGCAGUUGUCAGUGGAGACAGUGUCGGAGGGCAGUGUUCGUGUACGGUGGAGAGGUGUCAAAGGCGCACAAGCAUAUCGUUUGGUUUGGGGACCAUUUACAGGUCGUAACGUUGAGACUGUGGAGGUUGCUGGCGAUAGCGAAUUCUACACUUUGUCCAGGCUGCUGCCAGAUACUGAAUACAUUGUCACCAUCAUCCCACUUUAUGAGCGCAACACAGAGGGCCCUGUAGCAACAGCCAGAUUCAAAAUAGAGCGCCAGGAGCAGCAGACCCUAAGAGCAACUACCACCAGCCCCACUUCAAUCCUCCUCAACUGGAGGCUCAUCCAGUCUUCUCGGGGGUACCGCCUGGAGUGGAGGGAAGGGGAAGGAAGUCGGGCAGAGAGCCUGUCCUUUCCAAGAGGCACCAUUAGCUAUGAGCUAACAGGCCUACGAGCCAACACAGAAUACCUCAUCACCCUUUACACCCUGUUUGAUGGCCGUGAGGAGGCCACACCAGUCUCCACAACAUCCAGAGAAGAGCAGCCAGUGGGAAGGGUGUCCAACCUGAGAGUGGUGGAGUCUCUGGGCAGCACAGUUAGACUUGGCUGGACGGGUGUAGCUGGGGCCACACAGUAUCGAGUCAUUAUCUUGAACACAGAGGUGGGAACAGAAGAAAUCCGAAUCAUCCCUGGAAACCAGACAACCCUUGACCUCAGAGACCUGAUCGUGGGAGUGUCGUAUGGUGUCAGUGUCAUGGCGCUCGUGGGAGAAAAUGAAGGAGAAGCCAUUACAGUCUAUAUCAAACCAGAACAAGGUGCAGGCAGAGUGACCAAUCUCAGAGUAACAAAUUCAAACAGUCGGAGAAUACGAAUUGCCUGGGAAGCCGUAACUGGAGCAACAGGGUACAGAGUUACUUGGAGACAAGGCAACAGUGCAGAGCAAUCCAAUCUACUGGGAGCAGAAGUCACAGCUUUUACUAUUGACGGCCUGCAACCCGAUGAGGGUUUGGUAGUUGGUGUUGCAGUUGUUGUUGAUCAGCGUGUUGGAGAAGCAGUCACACUGUCUGCACGGACUAGUCCCUCCAAUGGAGCAUUGCCAGGCCUUCGCAUCAUUGAUGUUUCAGCUCAGAGGAUACGCAUUGCAUGGUCAGUUUCUUCUAGGGCAACUGGAUAUAAGAUCACUUGGCGUCGUGAUGAUGGAGUUGAAACGACUCGUACUGUAGCUGCUGAUGUUUUUUCCUACACCAUUGAUGGGUUGAAGGCAAAUGCAGCCUACACUGUGGAAGUUUCUGCUUUGGUUGGCUCUCGAGAGGGAACUCCUUCCACUCUGAAUAUUAGGACAGAAUCAGAUCAGUCAGUUGUUGGGGCUGUGACGUCACUGCAAGUCCAGGAGACCCGAGGAGAGGUCGUCCGGGUCACUUGGGUUGGUGUGCAGGGAGCAACAGCUUAUCGUGUGUCUUGGAGGAGAACGGAUGGUGGUGAAGAGCGGAGUCAGCUGGUGGGUGGGGAUGUCACAGCAGUGGAAUUGAAGCAGCUUGAUCCUGGAGCUCAGUAUGAGGUGCAGGUCAUGGCUUUAGUUCAAAACAGAGAGGGAACCCCUGUCUCUGUCAGAGUCACCACACCUGGUUAUAUUACCCCACCACCUUUAGUACCUACCACUACUUUACGUGUGACAGAGGUUACUCAGAACUCUGUGCGGCUGGGCUGGACUGCUCUUCCAGGUGCAACAGGUUACAUUCUGCGCUGGAAAGGGGAGACAGAUAUUGGUCGAGGCUUGUCUGUUACACUACCUCCCUCAUCCAGCUCUUACCUGGUGACGGGGCUGCGUUUGGGCCGUCGUUACAGAUUUAUCAUACAGCCCACCUUUGGGAGCGGACUGGGAACGGAGACCUUUGUAGAUGAACGCACUGUGUGUGUGGAUGGACGUCUGGAUCUGGUGUUUGUAGUGCCUGCAUCUACCGAUCGGAUUGCUCUGGCAAGACCUCUGCGUGAGCUCAUCACAAGUGUAUCAGGGUCACUCGCCACUAUUGGACCCCGCGACUCACAGGUGGGGAUUGUGGUUUAUGGCUUUAGACCCAAAAUAUGGUUCCUGCUCAAUCGCCACAGCAGAUCGGACACAUUGCUCCAAGAGAUCCAGUCCACACCCUUUGAUGAAAGCCCAGGCAGUAAUAUUGGUGAGGCAGUGACAUUCACCCAACAGUACCUCCUCACUCCUCAAGCCGGACGGAGACAAAGGGUGCCUGGUGCUGUUGUCAUCAUUGCAGACAGAAAAUCUGCAGACAACCUGACUCUUGCAGCCAGCAGUUUCAGAGGUACAGGUGUGACAGUGCUAGCAGUGGGUGUAGCGCAAGCAGACACUGAGGAGCUGCGUCGUGCUGUGACGGAUCGCAGCACCCAGAACAUCCUGUACACCCGUGAUGCAGCACGGCUUAACACUGAUCUGGCUGCUGACCUGGCAGACCUGCUCUGUGGGGUAGCCAGAAUACCUGAGGUUUCUCCUGGUCCAGAUCAGUGUACUAUUCAAUGUCCUCAGGGUGAGAAAGGAGAUCGUGGAGAGAAGGGUGAGAGAGGUAGAGAUGGCAUAGAUGGACGCAAGGGGGAUCCUGGUCGUGAUGGUUUGCCAGGGAGAGAAGGUCCCAGAGGCCCAGAAGGACGCCCAGGUACACCAGGUCAAACUUUCCCUUUUGACCCUUCUCUGGGGGUAAAAGGGGAGAAAGGGGAGAGAGGGUUCCCUGGCGUUGAUGGGAAUCCAGGGUUGCCAGGCCGACCAGGUGCUCCUGGAAAUGCAGGUGUCCCUGGUUCGCAGGGUCUACCUGGAGUCAGAGGAAACCAAGGUGAACCAGGAGGACCAGGGCUAACGGGGCCAAAGGGCAAUAAGGGUGAAAGGGGUGAACCAGGUUCAGCUAUAUCUGGUGGAGGUCUUCCAGGGAGGAAGGGAGAACCAGGCAUCCCGGGAAUGCCUGGUACUGCAGGUCAACCGGGCAGUAGUGGGGUCAAAGGAGCCCCUGGUGAUCCAGGGACGCCGGGUCAGGAUGGGCGUCCAGGGAUACCAGGAACACCAGGACUUUCUAUCAAGGGAGAUAAGGGCAGCCCAGGAGAGAGGGGACCACCAGGAGUAGGCAGUGGGGUGGCUGUGAAGGGCGAGAAGGGCUCCCCUGGUAUUUCUGGAGCUCCAGGGGCUCAAGGUCCUAGAGGACCAAUAGGAGCAGAGGGCAGGAAAGGAGAAAAGGGGGAUGAUGCUGUUGGGUUGCCAGGACCUCCAGGAAAGCAAGGAGAGCCUGGGGACAAGGGUUCCCGUGGGCCUGCUGGUGAAUUUGGCAGCAAGGGCGACCGAGGACAGCCGGGUGAGCCUGGAUCACAGGGAGACAGGGGUGAGAGAGGACCAGCUGGCGAGCCUGGGGAGAGAGGGGACCCAGGGAAGGCAGGGAUUGGAGGAACACCUGGGCUGAGAGGUUUACCGGGACCCAGCGGACCACCAGGAGAAAAGGGAAAUGAAGGUGCACGAGGAGAGCCUGGCAGAAGUGCCACAGGUUUACCAGGAAAGAAAGGAGAACAGGGUGAACGAGGCCUGGCUGGUCUUGAUGGUCAAAGAGGAGAGAAGGGAGUAUUGGGACAAAAAGGAGAGAGAGGUGCUCCAGGUUCAGGAGGGUCAGAUGCUGGUGGAUCUAAAGGGGAACCAGGAGAGCGAGGUCUUCCUGGUAUUAGUGGACGACCAGGUGCCAAGGGAGACCCAGGUGAACCAGGAGAGCAAGGAGAAAAUGGGCGUCCAGGAAUCCCAGGAAAGCCUGGUCUCCCAGGAAAAGAGGGAGAGAAAGGAGACAAGGGUGAUGAGGGCACGCCUGGAGAAUCUGGACUUCCAGGGAAACCAGGAGAAAGAGGGUUACGAGGACUGGCUGGUCAGCCAGGACGACCAGGAGAGAAAGGAGACAUGGGAGACCCAGGAGAGCAUGGACGAAAUGGCAGCCCUGGACCUGCUGGACCGAGAGGAGAGAAAGGAGAGCAGGGACCUCAAGGGCCUCCGGGACCACCAGGAAAAGUGGCUGACAUCCAGGGCCAGCUGAAAGGAGAGAGAGGAGAGAAGGGUGAUGCUGGCGACCCAGGAGAGCAUGGCAGCAAAGGUCAGAAAGGCGAAUCAGGGACUCCCGGAGCUCCAGGCCUGCGAGGUCCAGAGGGAACACGGGGGCCCGCAGGCGUAAGAGGUGACACUGGAGAAAGAGGAGCACCUGGAGACAAGGGAGAAAGAGGAGCAUCUGGCCUAGAUGGGCGUCCCGGUCUGGAUGGUAAAGUAGGUGCUCCUGGACCUCCUGGACAAAGGGGUGAUCCUGGGAAACAGGGAGACUCUGGGAGAGAUGGAUUACCUGGACUAAGAGGGGAACAGGGUCCCCAGGGAUCUGUUGGUCCUCCAGGGAAUCCAGGAACACCUGGAAAAGCAGGUGAAGAUGGAAAACCUGGCCUUCCUGGCAAAAUGGGUGAAGAUGGAGUGCCAGGUGAAGAUGGGAGAAAGGGUGACAAAGGAGAAGCUGGAGCAGCUGGAAGAGAUGGCCGUGAUGGUCAGAAAGGGGACCGUGGUCCGUCUGGGCCUAUAGGACCUUCUGGUCCCCCAGGACCUUCUGGACUGCCUGGCAGCAUUGGGCCUCCUGGGCAGGUUGUGUAUGUAAAAGGAGUUGAAGCUACACCGAUCCCAGGUCCACAGGGGCCUCCAGGAACGCCUGGGGUCCCUGGAAUUCCAGGAGCUGUGGGAGCCCGUGGAGAAAGAGGUUUAACUGGCCUUAAAGGUGAAGCUGGAGACCCUGGAGAGGAUGGGGCUCCGGGUAAACCUGGGACAGCAGUGGAUGUACAAAAAGCUCUUGCAAGCAUUGGCAUUCAGGUGUCUGAUCUGAAGGUGGUUGUGGACAGAAAGGACACAAUACUGGUUCCUGUUGUGCCAGAGACAGAGAAGGGUGCAAAGGGAGACAGGGGCGAAUCAGGACCGAGAGGCCCAGCUGGUGCAGAUGGUGUCCGUGGUUUAUCAGGAGAGAGGGGGGCCAAAGGAGAACAAGGGGAGAGAGGAUCAAUAGGACCAACUGGGCCUCCAGGAAGAGCCAUUGGAGAACGAGGACCAGAGGGUGCACCGGGACCUGCUGGAGAGCCUGGUAAGCCAGGAAUACCUGGUGUUCCUGGAAGAGCAGGUGAACUCGGGGAGGCUGGAAGACCAGGAGAGAAGGGUGAGAGAGGAGAGAAAGGUGACAAAGGAGAAUCUGGUCGAACUGGAUUAACAGGACCAGCAGGUCCACCAGGUCAAAAGGGAGCGUCUGCUGACUCGGUACUGGUUGGUUCCCCCGGACUCAGAGGUCCUCCAGGACUGGCAGGAGAGAAGGGAGAGCCCGGUGCUCCAGGACUAUUGGGAUCCAAAGGAGAUCGGGGUUUUGUUGGACCACGGGGUGAAAAAGGAGACAAGGGAGAGUUUGGAGAAAAAGGACGUGAUGGCUUCACGGGUGCACCAGGAGAACCAGGAAAACCUGGUCAGGAUGGGAAACCGGGCUUGCCUGGGUUCCCAGGAGUUCUAGGCAGACCGGGAAACCCAGGAGAUCCUGGCAUGAGGGGACCAACUGGCCCCAUGGGUCCCACCGGUCUGCCAGGUCCACAAGGUGUGAAGGGUAAUCAAGGAGAAGCAGGCAUAGGUGUCCAGGGUCCACCCGGUGCUCAGGGAAGCACAGGUCUGCCAGGUCCACCAGGUCCCCCAGGAGCUGUGGGUCCACAAGGCCCCCCAGGCCUGUCAGGGCAGGUGGGUGAAUCUGGUAAACCUGGAGUUCCUGGAAGAGACGGAGUCCCUGGUAAAGAGGGAAUACCUGGAUUACCAGGAAAGCAGGGCAUUGCUGGACCUCCAGGUCAGCCUGGCUUUAAAGGGGAGCAGGGAGACAGCGGCCCUCCUGGGAAGGCUGUGGCUGGACCCCCAGGGCCUAAAGGAGAGAGGGGUCCUCCUGGCCUAACACUGCCUGGCAUAGCUGGAGAGCAAGGUCUAUCCGGAGAAAAGGGUAACAAGGGAGACAAAGGUCCUGCUGGCAUCAAAGGAGAAAGAGGAGUGGUUGGUGAACAGGGUGAGCAUGGAGAGGAUGGGGCACCGGGAUCUCCUGGGCCAAAAGGAGAUAAGGGAGAGAAAGGCAUCGGACUGGCAGGUCUGCCUGGUCGUAUUGGGCCUCCGGGUUUGAAGGGAGAUCCAGGGCUUCCUGGUCCAGCCGGUCCUCCAGGACCUCAGGGGAAGUCAGGGGACCCUGGGCAGCCUGGUGUGAGAGGAGAAAAUGGACAACCAGGACCUUCUGGACCCCCAGGGGAGAGGGGUCUCCAAGGAAUUGCAGGCCGUGCAGGAAAUGUUGGACCUCCUGGUCCUCCAGGACCUGCUGGACAGGCAGGCUCUGCUGGCACUAAUGGGGUCAAAGGGGACAAGGGGGGAGUCGGUGUUGGGAUCCCUGGUGCAAGAGGAGAAAGAGGAGAUCCAGGGCCUAGAGGCGAGGAGGGUCGACCUGGCUUGGAUGGGGAGAGAGGACCAACAGGUCCCCCAGGGAUGAGAGGCAUUCGAGGAGAGAAGGGAGACGGCGGCCUGUCAGGUGACAAAGGAGACAAGGGGGAUACGGUGCUGGUGGGAGGACCACCUGGAGAAAAGGGCAACAAAGGAGAAACAGGUGACAGAGGACCAAAAGGUUCACAAGGAGAAAAGGGGGUAAAGGGUCAAGAAGGUCCAACAGGAGAGCAGGGUCAGAGGGGAGAACCUGGAGAACGUGGAUCCACUGGAUUCCCAGGAGCCCGUGGCCCCGGUGGACAGAAGGGAGAAGCGGGUCAACCUGGAGUACCUGGUGAAUCGGGUUUACCUGGAAAAGAUGGACUGCCAGGACUUACAGGGACAAAGGGAGAACUUGGUAUCACAGGAAUGAGAGGAAUCAAGGGUGACCGUGGACCCAAGGGGGUUUGUGGAAGCGAUGGACCUAAAGGAGACAAGGGGGAUUCUGGUGUUAAUGGACGAUCAGGCCUACCGGGAAGAAAAGGUGAACAGGGGGAUGUUGGGCCUGCUGGGGCCCCUGGGAGCCCUGGAAAAGAGGGACUAGUUGGUCCCAAGGGUGACCGUGGUUUUGAUGGGGUUGCUGGAUCCAAAGGAAGUCAGGGAGAGAAAGGUGAAAGGGGGCCACCUGGUGUGCCUGGUCCUCCUGGUCCCAGAGGAGUGGAUGGGACCCCUGGUUUGACUGGCCCACAAGGACCAGCUGGUAGUAAAGGUCCUGAGGGGCUUCAAGGACAGAAGGGAGAGAGAGGUCCAAUUGGUCCUGCCAUGAUUGGUCCACGUGGUGUCCCAGGGAUCCCCGGGGAGCGAGGAGAACUGGGAGAAAUGGGGCCAGAUGGAGCCAAGGGAGACAGAGGAGAUCCAGGCAUGACGGAAGAUGAGAUCAGAGAGUAUGUUCGCUCUGAGAUGAGUCACCACUGCGCAUGUGGAGGUUCAGGCCCAGACACUCGGUCCAAGCCCGCAGUCAGGGCUCGGCCUGCUACAGAGCAACAACUGGUACUGAACGGGGACAAGGGCCGUGAACUGCGUGUGGUGGUGAACACCAAUGACCCAGACUACGAGCACAUCUACUCCAUCGAGGCCCUGGAUGACCCUGCAGAUGAACUACUCUACUUCUCUGCUCCCUCAGCCAAUCUGACCGAUGGUGAGGGUGACAAAAAGGAUUCUGAGAAAACAGUCAAAGUUGAACCAAAAAAAUCAGCGAAUGCUGAAAUUCAAAAAACAUCAACAGAUGAUUUUCAAAAAGCAGGCGAAGUUGUGCCUCUGACAGCAGACAAAUCCAAAUCAGUCAGGGCCAAGAGGAGAGUCAAAGAGGAAGUUCCAGCAGACCUGUGCCUGCUGCCCAUGGAUGAGGGUAGCUGUACACGAUACACUCUCCGCUGGUACUUCAACAGUCAGGUUCAAGCCUGCAGGCCCUUCAUAUACAGCGGCUGUGAAGGGAACGACAACCGCUUCAUUCACCAGGAGGAGUGUGAGGAGGUCUGCCUCGGUGAGGCUGAAGGUGCAGGUCCUCAUCUGACAGCACGAUGAUGGUGACCAACUCCUUGUCUGCCAGAGGACUGUUUGCCUUUAAAUAGAUUUUUAUUGAUCAUUAUGUUGUCAAAUUUUUCCAGUUUUGUUGUUUUUUUAAUUUAUCAUUUCUUUGAACCCCCAAAAUAGAUUUCAUGAGGCUAAAAUUAAACUUUAAAGUUGUGCAUUGAGUAAGCAAAAAUAUUUUUAAUGAUUUCACACUGAAAUAGAGUUUAUUUACUUAUUUCCUAGACUUUGAUUUAUUUUUCUCAGUUUUGUCUGCCUUCUUAUGUAGUUAGUGGCUGCAUACAAGGAGGAGCAAAUGACAUAAUCCACCUUAGCAUGAACUGAAAUAAAGUAAAAACAAGUUUGGCAAAGCUCAUCAUGUUUUGGUUACUGUGGCUGUUUUAAGUCAUUACAGCAUGUAUUUAUACUUGGCGUCAAUUAGACACCUUACUAUCUAAACAAGAGUUAAUUCUUUAACAGAAGUGGAACUGAAGGUUAAAUCGCUCAUCGUAAUUUUUUUUUUUUUUUUUAUUAUUAUUCGAUUUCAAAAUUUCAUGUUAAAUAACCCUUGAAAUGUGUGCAUCAUAAAAAAAACAAGAUGAACAGCAGUUAUUUCAAAACAGAUCUGUUCAGUUCCAACUCAACUAAACUGAAUGACGCAUACUGUAUCUCAUAGACAUAAACAAAUGAACAAAGAAUAACAAUGCAUACAUCUAAACACACAAUUUACAAUGCAAACCAAUGAAAAAUGCACAGGAAGUCACAAUCCUUAAUGUGUGUCCAUUGAGUUAUUUUAUCCACAGUUUUUAUUAAUAUUCACUUAUUGACAUAGAUGUCAUGGAAAUAUUGAGCUUUCAGUUUUUUUAUAGACCUUUAUCAGGAAAAUCUCCUAAAUUUGGUGUAAACGUUUCUAUUUAUUCAGGGCCUACAGUAAGUGGCACCGGGUCAAAAUUUUUGACACAUCAUGACUAAUAUUUCCUAUUUCCGACAAGAAGAUAAACUGACACUGGUGUUCCAGCGCCUCCCAGGUCAUGGCAGGCCUGUGCAUUGGUGGUCCUGGUUGUUCAUGACCAUCAUUAACAAUUUCCUCUCAGCUAAGGCUGACAGCAGACCGCAGGCUUUCACAAAAUUACUUUUUAUUGAGCUAUUUUUAAGUGGAAAUCUUAAAAAAUGGCUUCAAGAGACAUUCUUGACUUGUAUAGAUUUAUACUUUUUUUUGUAUAUCUGCACUUUCCUUGAACUUUCCCAUUCUACUGUGUGUAGCAUGGGAAUGCCUCAGCUGCAGCGCCUCUGCAAACAUGCCUUUGAAUGGCUCUUUUUCUGUUUGGAUGACAUACAACUUAAAUAAAUUCAGCACUUUUGUAGAAUCUCGAAAGCCCAGUUUGAGCCAUGACAUUCAUUCCCAUAAUAAGUGCAGUUUGCAAAGCUAAUGCAAAUCCAAGAGAAAAAAACACAAGAGGUGAAUUUGCUCCCUCAACACAAAACACAAACCUCCAAAUAAGUAAACAUGAAACCAAACAUGUUUACUAAAAGGCUAUUGUACAAUAAGGUCUGACAUCUUCAGUUAUAUUCCUUUGUAGACAAAAUCAUUGGUCUUGCUAUGUACUUAGAAAAGUACAUUAUGGGCUCUUGAGUUAUUCCGUUCCAUCCCAAAUUACUUAAGUUUUUUUUUAAUGUUGAUCUUUUGGUUAUGGUUCUCUCCACAAAGAAACAAGUCACUUGAAUUUAGAAUGACUUUUCCAGUUUAUCUUUUUUUUCUAAGAAAUUAAAUCUUUUAAUUAAGUAAGGCAACUAUUGGCUAAAAAUAAAGCCCCCUGAAAAUAACAUUCAGUGUACUGUAGAUCCUCUGCGUGAUGUACAGCAUGUGACACAUAAAUGACAAAACAAUAAUUAUAUUGGUUGUAUUUGAGCAGAGCUACAAGAGUUGACUGAUGUAUUUUUGGAGCUUUGUAAUUUCUUUUUCAACAGAUAAAAGCUAAAUAUGUGGAAGCACAGAAAGCUACCAGCCUUUUUUAGCUUUAGCUCCAGCUCCAGGUGAAGUAGUUGUCACAUUUCUCCCUGAAGCUGCUACAUUUAUUGGCUUUCUGCAAAGCUUAAUCUAUAUUUUUACCCCCUUUUUAAAAUAUAUAUGUAUUUUAACUUCAAGAAAAAUUAAAUGCUAUUUCAUCUAUAAACUGUACAUCAAAAAUAUUCACUAUACGCAGAAAAAGUGACUUGUUUUUUUAUUUUGCUUUGGUUAUUUUGUACAUUAUCUGAUACUGUUGUCUUUUCUGCAAAGUUUAAAAUAGAUGAUUAAGUCGAAACGACUCGUAUUCACAUCCAGACCCUCAAAGCUGCCUGGCACUGUCUACAAAUGUGUUUACAUGCACAUUAGCUUUCAGGUUUUAAAUCUUUUCCAGGAUUUUGCUGCAUUCUUGUUGUGAUAUUAACAUGACACUUUACAUCACUGUUGUCACAAUCAUUUUGUUUCUGAUCAUGUGUGUAUAUUUGAAUGUAAUUUCUCAUCAUCUCAACCACAAUGAUUUUUAUUAGAAAAGAAUGUCCAGGAGCCUGAACUUGGUGUCACAGUAUCCUGGUUUCUAUCCGAGUGCUUCAGCUUGCUUGUCUGGGUUUUAGUAAAAUUCCUAAAAAGAAACAUAUUUACAUGCUUGUUACAGACACAAAUUAUUAAAAAAAAAAAUCCCAUCAUAUACAGGAUCGUAGUGUGUAUGUAAAAAAGAAUAUUUGCCUCCAGGGUACCUGCUUUGCCAACAUAACUUCUCCUAUUUUUUUAAA